AUGUCUCAGCGGAUAGCCAGCACGUCCACGCGCCGCACGGUAUGGCGGCAGCGAGGCGCCCGCUACUACAGCUCCCAGGCGACAAACGAUCCUGAAUGGUUCCAGCAGUUGCGCGCCGGCUUGCUGAGUCGCAGCCCUAUAUGUCAACACGAGGAUCUCGACUAUAUCCACCACAUGCAGCUAUGCACGACACUGGGAGGGUUUGUACCGAGGAUUCAUAAGGGAGAAAGUGUUGCACAUACAAGGUCUCCAGUGGCCCACCUCUUGACACGGUUCAACCUUCAAGUGCCGUCGGCAAAGCUCCUGCCUGAUGGCACCGAUCCUCUACACAGUCCAGGCGAGCCAUGGGUGCGACGUAUGUGGGCAGGUGGGGCUGUCCAGGUCAACCCAAGUGUGAGCGCGGGCACGGAUACGUUGGGAUUUCGUUCCAAAGUGGCAUGCGUAGAGCGCAUCAAAGACGUUCGGCUACAGGGGGAGAACGAUACGACUAACAUAUUCGUGACCAUCGAGAGACGUUUUGCUUUGUUCAACCGACUUGCAGACCGCGCGAGAAGCCCAUCGGCGGAGCUGGACGCAAAGACGAACCUGGUGCAGCAGGUGCAUAGUGGCGUGGAAUGGGGUGACGCACUGAUGAAGGAGGAGCGCAACUUGGUAUUCUUGAAAGCAAAGACAGAUAUCGAGCUCACGGCCGAUCAGACCCAUACCACGAGGUAUCUGAAGUCACCCACCAAUCCUGACUUCACCCACACCUUGACACCUACGCGCUCUCUUCUCUUCCGCUACUCCGCCCUUACAUUCAACGCUCACCUGAUACAUCUCGAUCCUACAUACGCCCGAAAGAUCGAAGGCCACCGCAACCUCCUUGUACACGGCCCACUCACUCUGACGCUGAUGCUUCAGACGUUGACCAAGCAUCUUCAGUCGCAGGUUGAUGCAAAGACUGAAACCGUGGAAUCAAUCUCAUAUCGCAAUCUGGCGCCACUGUACUGUGACGAAGAAAUGCGCAUUUGCGUCAAGAGGAAGACAAGAGCAGGCGCAGGGAACGCAUGGGACGUUUGGAUCGAGGGGCCUGCGGGCGGCAUGGCUGUCAAGGCAACUAUGCACACAGUCAACCGAGGAGAACAAAAUACCACCACAGAGCGCGCAGCCACACCACUACCCGACGUCGAACCAGUCGCGGCCCAAGCUCGAGCCAGCGUCAGCAACGCCCUGGACCAAGAAGACCCGAGCACAGGGCAGACAUGCCGACUGUCGCGAGAAAAACUCCGCAAGGACUCGCGAAAUCACCACCCCGACCUCGCGCGCAGCCAGCGCAAGGUACGGGCGCUGCGGACGCUGUCCUACCUCUACUCCGCUCCCUCUCCUUUGUCCGUCCGGUCCUCCCCACCGACUCGGGUGGAAUAG